CAUAAGCAUCAGAGGCAGGCACUGAGUCGGAGGUAAGGAACGCAAGAUAGGAGUCUUCCGAGACAGCAGGGGGCAGCAGCAGGCAUGCAGGACUCCGCCUCUGACAGCAAGAUGGCCAGACAGGAACAGAACUCCAAGCACCUCGAUGAACACAGAGACACGGAUGACAUGUCUGAGAGGACAUCCCCAAACAAAAACCUCAAGUCUCCCCAGCGAGGCUCCAAACGACUUAAAACCGCCUCCUUCAAGGUGACCCUGCUGGACUCCUCUGACUUUGAAGGGGAAAUUGAGAAACACUCCAGAGGACAGACCCUGAUGGACAUGGUGUGUGAGCACCUCAACCUGCUGGAGAAGGAUUACUAUGGUCUGACCUUUGCCGACACAGACACCCAGAAGAACUGGUUGGAUCCCUCCAAGGAGAUCAAAAAGCAGAUGCGCAACUCUGCAUGGAACUUUGCCUUUGCUGUCAAGUUCUACCCUCCAGACCCCUCCCAGCUCACUGAAGACAUCACCAGAUACUACCUGUGUCUGCAGCUGAGGGAUGACAUGCUGUCAGGUCGACUGCCAUGCUCAUUCGUCACUCAUGCCCUCCUCGGCUCCUACUCGGUUCAAGCCGAGCUGGGAGACUACGACCUGGACGACCAUGGCUCUGACUAUGUCAGCGAUUUCCGCUUUGCCCCUAAUCAGACUCGCGAGCUGGAGGAGAGAGUGAUGGAGCUCCAUCGAAACUACAAGGGGAUGACUCCAGCAGAAGCUGAAAUAAACUUUUUGGAGAAUGCAAAGAAGCUGUCCAUGUACGGGGUGGACCUCCAUCACGCUAAGGACUCUGAAGGGAUUGAAAUAAUGUUGGGUGUCUGUGCCAAUGGCUUGCUGAUUUACCGUGAUAGGCUGAGGAUUAAUCGCUUCGCCUGGCCCAAGAUCCUCAAGAUCUCCUACAAGAGGAGCAACUUCUACAUCAAGAUACGACCUGGAGAGUAUGAACAGUUUGAAAGUACGAUCGGUUUCAAGCUUCCAAACCACAGAGCUGCCAAGAAACUAUGGAAGGUCUGCAUCGAGCAUCACACGUUCUUCAGACUGGUGUCUCCAGAGCCUCCUCCUAAGGGCUUUUUGGUGAUGGGUUCGAAGUUUCGGUACAGUGGAAGGACACAGGCUCAAACCAGACAGGCCAGUGCUCUCAUAGACCGGCCUGCUCCACACUUUGAGCGCUCCACGAGCAAGAGAUACCUGCUGUCCAGGAGCUUGGAUGGAGCAGAGUUUUCCCGGCCGGUAUCAGCCAUGUGUGAGAACCACGAUGACCUAUCCCACCGUAGCCUCAGUGGACAACGCCGCCUCCACAGCCCGUCUGUGGACGAGCAGGAAACCGAGCUGGAGCCCAGUUUGGAACAAGAUGAGGAGGACCGAGACCAAGAGCAGGGCCAGGAGAUGGACGAGGACGAUGACCAGGAUGGCAAUAUCAGUCCAAGCAGGAAGAAGGACAUCAUGUUUCUGGAUAAGUCGAAGGACGUCUUGCUGAAGCACCAGGCCAGCAUCAAUGAGCUGAAGAGGACGCUGAGGGAGCCCAACAGCAAGCUGAUGAACCGUGAGAAGCGGCUGUCAUCCUCCUCCCCAACUGGCACCCCAGAGAAGAAGGCUUUGCCUGGCCGGGUGGCGGGAAAGGACACAGUUAACAACCUGUCUGUUGAGGGCUUCGUGCAGAAUACUCUAGUGACUUCGCCUGAGGGCUCUGAAGAGUGGGUAUUGAUUGAAAAACAAGAAAGUUAUCAACAGGACCAUGACCAGAAGGCAGAAGAACAGAACAAAUCUCUCUCGUAUGAUUCCUCGUGGGAGAAAAAGGAGCUGAAAAAAGAUAUAGACAUUACCAAGAUGAUAAAUAAAGAGGAGCCUGUCUCCACUCCUGCCAUUUAUGAGGAGCCCUUUGCUGAUUUCAAGCCUCCUGUGGCAAAAAAAGACCCCAGUGCUGUUAGUAUGGCCCACAUGCUGAAGAGGUCUGACACCAAGACGGAGAACCAUACCAAUGGAUCAGAAGUCCAUGCAAACAUCAUGAAUGUCUCACCGCAGAACUUCAGCCCACGAAAAGCUGCUGCUGCUGCUGCCCCUAAAGAAAAUGGCUCCCCUGUGAAACCCGGUACCCAGGAGAGGGAGUCUGUUGUGUCCCCGCUCACCAUCACAGCUGAGAACGUGACCUCGGCGACCACAACUCAAGUUACCAAGACUGUGAAAGGAGGCUACUCAGAAACCAGAAUCGAGAAAAGGAUUAUAAUCACAGGAGACGACGACGUGGACCAACAUCAGGCCCUUGCCAUGGCCAUCCAAGAGGCCAAGCAGCAGCACCCCGACAUGCUGGUGACGAAAGCUGUUGUUAUCAGGGAAACAGAAUCUCCGACUGAGGAGCUGAAGCAGAGAACAGAGUCCUGAUUGGUCGAGGUGGAACUCUGAGGCAGAGGGCAGGAGAGGAUCUUCCAACUGUGUGUCUCCUAACCUAGAGUGCAAUACUCCGCAAACCUGAAUGAGGACACCCCCCCAUCUCCCCCCUGCCCCUUCUCUCUAUGAAGCAGUACACCUCCACUCCUUUUACCUUUAGACAGACCGACUGUGACUCUGCCUCUGACCCGACUUGGCCUCCUGUCCUGUCCCAGCCAGUGCCAGCCCUCCUCCUCCUCCUCUUCCUCCUCAUGGAAUGGGAAUUGACAUCGUUUGGUUUUCAUCAAGUCGUUUGAUGCAAGAUAAAGAGUGACACCCGGUCACAACUGUUUCCAUUUAAAUUCACCUUUAACUUUGCACAUUAAUGCAUAUAUUUGGCUCCUUUGAACUAUGAGUUUCAACCCGACCUCUCACGACUUCCUUCUUUCUGCAAAGCCCAAAACAUCUGUCCCACACUACUCUUAUAUGAGAGUAAGACGUAAGAGUAGAGGAGGGUUUGUGAAGAGAUGGAGACAAUGCUGGUGGUGGGAAAUUGGGGAUCUGGAGGUCAAUGCCAUGGCAAGAUGAGGCCUUUUUGCUCAUUGUUGCCACCCUCUGGCUUUGACACCUCUAGUAUAAUAAACAGCUGUCUUAUUAGCUUUUUACAUUUUUAUCUAUAGAGGAUCUAAUUUAUGUCCAGUUGUCGCUUGUUUAUGAAAUAUGUAUAAUAUCAGAUGAUUAUAAUCUGCAUGAGUCAAUUACAAAAUAGCUGAGGGAAUGAAAAGAAAAAUCCACGACGUGCACAUGUGAAAUCUAUAAGGACUCUGUCAUGAUGGGACUGAGCACAUACAGUGAAACUGUAGAAUCACUGGGCCAGAGGUGGGACUCGAUGUGGUAUUGAUGGACCCUCCUGAAGAAGGACUAUUGUGCACACUUCAUUGGACAGCUGGAACUCCGAUUUAGUCCCAGCAACAGACUCUCAUCACUGUCCUCCCGUUCCCCCGCUCACUGUUAUCAAUCUCAUUUGGUGUCUACUCGUCAUCUAUAUAAAGGAAUGCUAGAUACUCGUUUGGGCACAGUUAAAGCAUUUUUAGAGAAUUUAAUAUAAAUAACGUUUUAUCUAAUUACGUUUCAGAAAUGUAAACUAAUGUUAUCCUUUUUUCCUACCCUGUUUUACUGCCUUUCAUCAUGAAACAGAGUUUACAUGAUAUUCUUGUGUUUUUGGACGCUUCAGUCUUUGAUGUGAAUGUACAUCUGGAAACCUCCAAGAGAGACUUGUUAUGCUGUUACAUUGCUCAAUGCUUGUUAUUCACUGGAGAUCUUACAGAGUUAAUCAUGGAGAUCUCUCUUCCCGGAUUGGGAAGCUGUGAUGCAAUGAAGUGAAAUGCACUGAACUGUUGGACAAACCUUCAGUGGGUUCGUUUUGCCUGGUCUUAUCUAGUUGUCUGUGUUCAGUUCACCUCAAAAUUUAAGGUCUAACAGUUUCCUUUACCAUUCCUUCAAACAGCUAUAGAUGUAGACAGAACGUGCGUCUAUUUAAACAUCCAGAGGAAACAUUCAUAUUCAUUCAGAGUUAUCCAGUCAAGCCUGUUUGGCUCUUUUGGGUCCAGUAAAGUAAGGGAUAAUGUAUGGUUAGCAGGUUGUUUUGGAAAAAUAAUCCCGACUGCUAGCCAUACAUUAUCCCGCUUAUUACCCAGCUUCUAACUUAAAAUAUAAAAAAAACACGUUAAAAACAUUGAUUAAAGAUGAUUUUAUUGAUUUAAAUGAUUUAUGUUUACAGUUUUUAAAAAUAGUCCCAGUGAUUCCUCGUCAGUUAUCGUUCCAUGGUGAUGGAUUCUUAUUGAACAUGAACCUGUCCACAUUCAGCUCUCCUCCUUCUCUGAGCUCUGUGGUUCACACACCUUUAAAAAUAAACUAAUGUCCCAACUUUGAACCCUGCUGCUAUCAUCACCACCACUCAUGGUUUAAGUUUCUUUGUAGAGAUCGCUAACCUAAAGUUUCUCUCACCUGCUCCACUCAUUGAUCAUAUUGAUGGACAGGAUCCAAGAUGAAAAUGUCAAUAGCCUGCUGAUUUAGCAUGCAAACUGAAGCUAACUUUUUGGCCACUUUGUUUGAUGCUAACGGAAGCUAACGGUUUUACCUCACCUUAUGGUCUGUGGUGUCAACAAGCAGAAGCUAAAUGUGUCUGAACUCUUUUCUGCGGAUUGAUUAGACAUGACGUGAGAUCAGUUUGCCUCUGGUGUUGCUCAUGUUAGUGAAUAUUAAUAAGCACUGUCAAGGGCUUUGGACCAAUCAGAAUCAAGCUUCUUACACAACUGGAAGAUCAGUAAGAAUGCCGGGUAAUAAUGUUUCAUAAUUAUUUUCUCCCACUAGCUUGUGAAUCAUAUUCAAAACAAAACCACAACAGUAAACGUAAGCAUGCUGCAUAACAUAGAUACAGCAUAAGGGUUAUGUUUCUCUGUGUUUGUUACUUUGAACAACACCAUUCACAAACAAGCAGCCAUUUUUAAUCAUUUGCAAUAUAAAACUCAUUGAUUACUCUACGCCCGUUUAAAGAGGGAUGUUUUGAAUCACGUGCAUGCUCACAAACACUGCCUGGAAAGUUCAAAACCACAAGACUACCAUGGGUCCUGUUCUGUUUUCAGUCUGAUUUAUCUUAAAUUAUGGUGUAUGAGUUUGUAACUGUAUUUAUAGAAGUGGUGAAUGUGUGGCCUGUGCUUCUCCUCCCGUCCCCCUUACAGACAAAGCCUAGACUUAUAGUGUGACUUACAUUUACGAGAACCCGUUGGCUGUCACAUAACGUAUAUCCUGGAUGACCUUUAAUACUUUACUAUGCAUCACUUAUCAUACAUAACAGUCCCUCUAAUCAAGCCUGACCAAUGUUAGCUGUGUUGCUUUCAUAGUGCUACUGUUAACCAAAGCAGUGAAGCACACUGCUCGUGAGAUUUGCAAUAAGCAGCCAUUAUUCUUUAUUAUAUCCUCUAAAGGGAGAAAACUGUGAACUGUCAUGCAUAACAAAGUGUAACCAAAACGCAUAACACAGAGUAAGUGGUACUCCAAGAAGCUUCUCAAUCACUCGUGACCAUGGCUUUGUCACCCCCUUUGUCUCACCCUCCCAUCCUGACCUGAAACUGUUCACCUGCUGUUAAUCUGUCAGAGGAAACAAGAGAUUCCAAAACCGCUCUUUUUUUUUCUCCCGAGUGUAUUUUGCUUUGUUUGAUUUCUCUGGUCAUAACACACUGGACUGUUGUAAAGGCAUUUACUCGCAGCGACAGCAGCACGUUCACUGUAAACUGUUGGGAGAAAGGCCUGUCUCUGCUGUAUUUGACGACAACUGAUGGAAGAAAAACUACUGUCAGCAUCAGGAGAGGAGAUGUGUGUUGUGGGCACGCUGGUGAAUUGAAGGAUGGAGAGCCUGUAUUUGUAUAUAAAUAUCCACACACCCAUGUACUACCCCUCAAACAUUUAGAAAAUGUCUCCAGAGUAUAGUUAUGUUUUUAGAUAAGGUAUUAAAGUAGGAUUGGAAGACAUCAGUGCAACAGAAGUGUUCAAUAAUGGGUGCCUUAUGUUUCUUGUUUACUGACACAGGAGUCAGCAGCAGUCAGCUGAGCGCUCUGGUAAUAACCACGAGGCAGAUGUAGAAAUGACCUGCUGUCUCUGCUCUCAAGGUGAGGACGAGCUGUCAGGACAGUGAAUUACUGUCUUGCACAGACUGUGACAUUGAGAGCUGUUACAAAGCAGUGUCCCUAAAACCAGCCUGUGCGUUCAAGAAGAAGAAAACACACACUGGCCCGAUUAACUAAAACAAACCCAACAGAGCUCUGGUUUCAGAUAUGAACCUUUAUUUUAGGAAGAACAUUAAACCGCUCUGCUGUUCAGCCUCCACCUUCAAUUCUCCACUGCCUUUUGCUCUACAUUCCCCUAGUGCUUGGUGGUGUGUAUUUACUGUAUUUGCAUUCAGUCUUAAUGGAAAACAUAAAUGCAUAAAUAAAUGUCUCCGUAUGAUUC